CAAAGAGCUCUGCAUUGUCGUCAACACAUUUCAUUACAUUUCAAAAAAUAAAAAAUGUCAAAAAUAGUCAAGUUUGAAGGCCACAACUACCUUCGUCAAAGGCUAGUGUUGGCAACACUUUCAGGAAAAAUUCUAAAGAUUGACAAGAUUCGUUCCAACGAUGCCAAUCCUGGACUUCGAGAUUUCGAGGCAAACUUUUUACGAUUAUUGGAGAAGGUCACAAACGGAGCAACAAUCGAGAUCAGUUACACAGGUACAUCAAUCGUCUAUAAGCCAGGAGUGAUUAUUGGUGGAAAAGUAUAUCAUGACUGCGGGAAUUCUCGUGCGAUCGGAUAUUUCCUAGAACCUCUCAUUGCCCUUGGACCAUUCUCGAAGACCCCUAUGAACAUCACAUUGAACGGAAUUACGAAUGAUAAUGUCGAUAUAUCUGUUGAUAUCAUACGUACAGUACUUCUUCCACAGCUCAAAAAGUUUGGUAUCGAGGAAGGACUUGAAUUGGAUAUUGCUGUACGUGGAGCUCCACCAAAUGGAGGAGGGAAAGUUACGUUUAGAUGUCCUAUUAUCCGUACAUUAAAACCUAUUCAAUUUCUGGAUGAGGGCCGUAUCAAGAGGAUUCGCGGCGUUGCUUACUGUACCCGUGUAGCACCACAGUUCUCAAACCGCAUGGUAGAUUCUGCAAGGGGUAUGCUCGACUAUAUUAAUGAUAUCAACAUUGCAGCAGUACACUAUCAGGGCGAUAAAUCAGGUCUUUCACCAGGCUUUGGUAUUUCUUUAUUGGCCAAGACGACGACUUCUGCAUUCUACUCUGCAGAGCUCGCUGGAGGGCCAGGGCAGGCACCUGAAGAUGUUGGAUUGCAGGCUGCGCGUAUGUUGUUAGCAGAAAUUCGGAAAGGAGGAUGUGUAGACUCUAUUUCACAAACAUUGAUACUUUUGAUGAUGGUCUUGGGACCCAAUGAUGUCAGUAAAGUUCGCGUUGGCGAAUUAACUCCUUUUACAAUUCAGUACCUACGUGAUUUACAAGACUUUUUCGGCUCAACGUUCAAGAUUACACAAGAAACAGACAAGGACAAGACAGUUCUUGGAGCAGCACCCGAUACGUUAGUCAUGACAUGUGUCGGCAUCGGUUAUGUGAAUACUAAUAAGAAGACUACAUAAAAACUAUUUUGCAUCUCAG